GCAGUGCUUCAGCUUAGACCUUAUCAACCUUCACCUUCUUCAGUACACCAGCAGAGGUAUUUUGAUGAUUUUUGGCUUGUUGCUUCUUCAGUCAGCUGCGAGCAUCUAUGCGGUGUACUCGCCUCACGAUUUGCUGAAGCAGGGCUCUUUCACUUCAUAUUCCACCUACACAAGGUUAGGUGGCUCCCUGGUGCAGGCCUGCUGGAUUUUUAUGGGCCAGUUAUUGUUUGCCUGGUUCUACGUGUACUCCUUGUACUCCAGCUAUUCUGACAUUGGCAAUGCUGAGUAUUUAUUCUGGUUUGCAGGCUUCGUGUCAGUCCAAAUGACCAUGUUCUUCGCUCGCGGUGACAGUCAGCUGGGUCAUACCUGGAACGUGAACCAAGCGAUCUAUGUGUUCUCCAAUGUUUACAGGUUGUCAUUUCUCAUCGAUGGGGACGAUGAGGAGAAUAGUUUCGUUGUUGGAAAAUCGGCUUGGCUGCUGCGAUCCAUUUUCGGAUUUGUGGUGAAUUUGGUGCUCAGAGACUUUGUGGGCUAUUCAGUUCCCAUCCUCCUGAUGAAUUUCCACAAUCCCAUUGACUGCGUCAUUUACAGUGUGGCGGUCAACUUUAUCGUAACCUUGGACGAUACUCCUACACAGUUGUACAAGGUGCGAGAGCGCCAACAUGAAGGUUACUCCGACUAUCGAUUGCGCGUUGAGACCAAAGAAGGCAUCAUUGAUGAGGAACCGCCAUAGCAAUGCCAUACUGCAGCGGGGUGAUGCAACAUGUGUCUCUGGAAAUGAUGCUCAACUCUGCAAUCCUUUUACUGUCAGCUCCCAUUCUCAAAUUGUUGAUGGGAGGUUGGGCAGAGAGCAAAAUCGUAGAUCAAUACUGUACAGCUUCGGGUCAAUGUAAAUGCACAUUGUACAAAUCUUAGGAAGCAGUUGAACUGCCUGCUUGUAGUAUAGCACGGGGAACGCAAGUGCAUUUGGAGCACUUUUUGCCACCCCAGAUCGCAUGAAGAAAUAUCAAAAUAUGUGAAUCUGAAUACAUAGCCAAGAUAUCCAGAAGGUUCCUCAACUGUUUCAAGGCCAAUUUUGCAUCCAAAAAAAAUCUACCAAGAGAGAUCCUUGGAGAAAAUCGCGGCACUGCCGAGGAUGGUCCUUCGACCUCCAGGUACGGAUAUCCGUCUCACCGUUUCACUGCUCGGUUUGCCCAAAGAAUUGGUGUGCACCGAGUCAAAAUCAGGUGGGGCUGACGAUCCAAG